AAAAAACUGCUUAGCAGGAAAGAGCCCCUUUAGCUAUCACAUGCACUUGCCUGUUUAUUUAUAUGGCCUCAGGUUCUGCAUUACGAGAUCAUAGCAAAGAGAAAAAAAAAAUGGCAUUCUCUUCUUAUGCUAAUUUACAAGUGCACGGGUCUUUCCAAAACCCUUUCAUCUUCCACGGCUUAAAUCACCUCAAAACCUCACUUUCCUCGUCUGUUAAGCCUCUAUUCAAAGAGUUGCAGCAAUUGCUUCCAAGGAAGGUCGAUGUUUCUAAAACCAUGAAAAACACUUCUGGGAAGAUGUUAGAUGCACUUGUGGACUCUAUUUUCCAGUUUGUAGAUCAACCGUUACUCCCAUCUCAGAAAAACUUUGCACCAGUGGAAGAGAUUGGAGACCAUGUUGAGGUUACCUGGACCGAAGGAGAAAUUCCCGCUGAUUUUGCUGAAGGUGUUUUCAUAAGAAAUGGCAUAAAUCCUUUAUUCGGAGGUUUAAAAUCAGCAGUGUCGAUUUUCAGACAAACACAGCACACUUGGGUAGAGGGAGAAGGCAUGCUUCAUGCACUCUACUUCAAAAAAGAUCAUGAUGGAAGUUGGAUUAUCUCCUACAACAACAGAUAUGUUGAGACUGAAACAUUUAAGCUAGAGAAACAGAAGCAUAAUAAGCCAUGUUUCUUACCAGCCCUAGAAGGAGAUGCAGCAGCAGUUGUAGCAGCAUAUAUUCUAAAUGGGUUGCGGUUUGGCACAAUCAAUAAACACUUGAGCAACACCAAUGUUUUUGAGCAUUCAGGAAGGCUCCAUUGACAUUCCAAGCUCCUGACAUUAGAAACUAUUUGUGAUUGGAAUGUCAAUGGAGCUUGGAAUCGACCUUUCACCAGCCAUCCAAAGAAAGCUCCAAACUCCGGAAAGCUAGUCAUAAUGGGGGUAGAUGCAAAGAAACCUUACUAUGUUUUGGGUGUUAUCUCUGCUGAUGGAAAAUUACUGCAUAAGGUUGAUCUCGAGUUCAAAAGAAGUACGCUUAGCCAUGAUAUAGGAGUCACACAGAAGUACAAUGUAAUCAUUGAUCAUCCCCUCACGGUUGAUGUAAAGAGAGUUACCAUGGGUGGCCCAUUAUUGAAGUAUGAAAAGGAAGAGUAUGCAAGGAUUGGAGUGAUGCCACGUUAUGGUGAUGCAGAGUCAGUCAAGUGGUUUGAGGUACAAACCAAUUGCACAUUUCACAUUCUCAAUUGCUUUGAGGAGGCUAAUGAGGUUGUAGUGAGGGGAUGCAGGGCUCUCACAUCCUUCUUGCCAGGUCCUGAUGGUGUACUUAACAAAUAUGAGUGGUUCUCAAAAGGGUUCAACUUUGCAGAUGAUCAUUCUGCAGAGACCGGAUAUUUGUUUUCUCGUUUAUAUGAAUGGAGAUUGAACAUGGUCUCUGGAAAUGUGGAGGAGAGAAAUUUAACCGGAACUGAUUUCUCCAUGGAUUUUCCUUUCAUCAAUGAACAAGUAACUGGUUUGAAACACAAGUAUGGCUAUACACAGGUCAUUGAUUCUAUGGCAAGCUCUGACACUGGCAUGGGAAAAUAUGGAUCUCUAGCCAAAUUAUAUUUGGAGGAAUCGAAUUCUACGUCAUUUGUGCAGGAGGGAAAGUGUGAGGAUUUGAUAAAAGUUGAAUACCAUAAGUUUGAGGAGAAAAACUUUUGCAGUGGAAGCGUUUUUGUGGCUAGGCAUGGAGGGAAAGGCAUGGAGGAAGAUGAUGGUUGGAUUGUCACUUUUGUCCACAAUGAAGAAACUGAUGUCACCCAAGUUCAUGUAAUUGACGCAAAGAAAUUUGAAAGUGAACCGAUUGCGAAACUCACAUUGCCACAGCGGGUGCCAUAUGGUUUUCAUGCAACUUUUGUGUCAAUGCCUUGUCAAUCUUAG